AUGUCGUCGAGCCUCAAGCGCAAGGCCAGCGGCUCCGGAGCCUCGUCGCCCGAGGUCAAGAAGCCAAAAGCCAACGGCAACAUUGCCUCCUUCUUUGGCGCCGCGCCCAAGCCAGGCCAGACCGCUGCAGGUACCAGCAGCCCAUCAGCAGCGACGACGACGACGACGACGAAAUUCGACAAGGACAAGUGGGUAGCCAGCCUCACGCCUGAGCAGAGGAGCCUGCUGAAGCUCGAGAUUGAUACGAUGCACGAGAGCUGGCUGGGCUUGCUCAAGGACGACAUUACGACAAAGGAGUUUCUCGACCUCAAGAAGUUUCUGGACAGAGAGACGGCAGCCGGAAAGAAGUGGUUUCCUCCCAAGGAAGACGUCUACUCAUGGUCUCGACACACGCCCUUCAACAACGUCAAGGUCGUCAUCGUCGGCCAGGAUCCCUACCACAACGUCAACCAGGCGCACGGCAUGGCCUUUUCCGUGCGGCCGCCGACGCCCGCGCCGCCCUCGCUGCGCAACAUGUACAUUGCGCUCGCCAAGGACUACCCGUCGUUCGAGAAGCCGGCCAAGAGCGCGGGCCUGCUGACGCCGUGGGCCGACCGCGGCGUGCUCAUGCUCAACACGUGCCUGACGGUGCGCGCGCACGAGGCCAACUCGCACUCGAACCGCGGCUGGGAGCGCCUCACGCAGCGCGUCAUCGACCUCGUCGCGCAGAAGCGCGCGCGCGGCGUCGUCUUCAUGGCCUGGGGCACGCCCGCGGGCAAGCGCGUGAUGAAGGUGGACAAGCAAAAGCACCUGGUGCUGCAGAGCGUGCACCCGAGCCCGCUGAGCGCGUCGCGCGGCUUCUUCGACUGCGGCCACUUCCGCAAGGCCAACGACUGGCUGACGGCGCGGUACGGCGCCGCCGAGGGCGAGAUUGACUGGGCUCUGGUCCCGGGCAACUCGACGCUGAGCGCGCCCAAGGCGGAAGAAGCCAAAGUGGAGGCCAAGACGGAAACGAGCAAGCCGGAGAAGAAGGCUGCGACGGGCAAGGAAAACGUCGAGGUGGAUGGGGAGAUUGGGUCGGAUGACGAGGCGGCGCUGGAGGAAGCCAUCAGGGCAGCGGAAGAAGAGACUACGAAGCCUUAG